CCCAUACCCUACCCAAAUACAAUGGGUAUGGAUUUGGGUAAGGAUAAUGGGUACCUAUGGCAACUUGACCGGACAAUAAUGCCGGCAUAUCACCAUCACCCAUUGAUUGACGUUCAAGACGACUCAGCUGUAAGACGUCUGUGAUCAAUAUUUAGUGAUGGUGUUUGGUUCUACGCAUCAAGCAACGUAAGGCAUGGGAACCGGAAGAAAAAUUAUUUGUUUGGUUGUCGUUGAUCUGAACCUCUCUCGAUCAGUCGCUUCCGGACCACGGUGACAUGCUGUACGUCUGGACCGUAGAGUUGAUGUUUUUUCUAUGGUGAGCGCGGAGCCAGUGGUAGGACAGUCGGCUCAGGUCAGUCAACCAUGCGUUUGCAUUAUUGACGACCCAGAUUUGGUGUGUGCUUCUGAUCUCUCCACGCUAUUCUACGCCAUGUAUAGCCUAGCUACACAUGGCACUAGCAAGCUACUGAUUCCCCCACUUUCUAGUACUCUCUCGGAUUGCUACCCUCUUGGAAGCCAUGGCGGCGAGCACCGUCGUCGACUCCGACGGCCAGGAGUUCCGGCGCUACGGCGGGCGUGUCACCACCUUUGUCGUCCUCUCCUGCAUCACCGCUGGCAUGGGCGGAGUCAUCUUCGGUUACGAUAUUGGAAUCUCCGGUGGCGUGACGUCGAUGGACCCGUUCUUGAGGAAGUUCUUCCCUAAGGUGUAUCGGCAGAUGAAGGGUUCAAGCGUCAGCAACUACUGCAAGUUCGACAGCCAGCUUCUCACCGCCUUCACAUCCUCGCUGUAUGUCGCCGGCCUCAUCACCACUUUGCUCGCGUCCUGGGUCACCUCCAGGUGCGGCCGCCGCCCAUCCAUGAUCAUCGCCGGGGCCGCGUUUCUCGCUGGCGGGGCGAUCGGAGGAGCGGCAGUUGAUGUGUACAUGGUGAUUUUCGGACGCGUGCUCCUUGGUGUCGGGCUCGGCUUUGGGAACCAGGCGGUACCGCUCUACCUGUCGGAAAUGGCCCCUCCCGUGUACCGAGGUGCCUUCAGCAACGGCUUCCAGCUCUGCGUCAGCAUCGGGGCCGUUACCGCGCACCUCAUCAACUUCGGCGCCGAAAAGAUCAAGGGAGGGUGGGGUUGGCGGGUGUCCCUGGCGCUUGCUGCCGUGCCAGGCGGAUUCCUCGCCCUCGGUGCGCUCUUCCUGCCGGAGACGCCCAACAGCCUAGUGCAGCAAGGCAAGGACCAGGAACACGCCAGGGCCCUGCUGAAGAGGAUCCGCGGCGUCGACGACGUCAGCGACGAGAUGGCCGACAUUGUCGCCGCCACCCAGCAGGCCAAGGCAGGCCGCGGCCUGCAACUGAUCCUGUUCCAGCGGCGGUACCGCCCCCAGCUCGUGAUGGCCGUCAUGAUACCCUUCUUCCAGCAGGUGACAGGUAUCAACGCGAUUUCGUUCUACGCCCCGGUGCUGCUGCGCACCAUUGGCUUGGGGGAGAGCGCGUCUCUGCUGUCGGUGGUGGUGACUGGCAGCAUCGGCUUGGUGUCCACGGCCGUCUCCAUGUCUCUCGUCGACAGGGCCGGGCGGCGGACGCUCUUCUUCGUCGGCGGUGCUCAGAUGCUGGUGUGCCAGCUCAUGAUCGGGGCCAUCAUGGCCACGCAGCUCGGUGACCAAGGGCAGGUGAGCAAGGCCGUCGCGCUCGUGCUCAUCGUCCUCAUAGCGGCCUACGUGGCCGCGUUCGCGCUGUCUUGGGGCCCGCUGGGGUGGCUGGUGCCGAGCGAAAUCUUCCCACUGGAGGUGAGGUCUGCUGGGCAGAGCAUCGCGGUGGCCGUCAACUUUCUCCUCACGACGUUCGUGGCACAGUUGUUCCUGGCCAUGCUGUGCCGCAUGAAGUCCGGCAUCUUCUUCUUCUUCGCGGCCUGGCUGGUGAUCAUGACCACCUUUGUGUACCUGCUGCUGCCGGAGACCAAGGGGAAGCCAAUGGAGCAGGUCGGAGAGCUAUGGGGACACCAUUGGUUCUGGAAAAGGUUCGCUGGCACGGAGGAAGGGCGGACAACCAACAAGCUAUCAUGCAACUAAACUUCAAUUCGUUGACAAAAAAAGAAUAUAUGUACCAGUCUUGAAUUUUUUAUAUUUGUUACUAGUAAAUGUGUUUGUGUGUUGCACAUGGAGUUGGAGUACGUAUGGUUGCACGGUCAUCUUGUCGAUCGCAUCAUGUACCGAUGUACGUGCACUAAUUCUUCUUAUGAUCAGACGUUGUAUCAUAUAUUUAUACGAUGGUUAAUUCGUCUUCAAAUUAGAA